AUGGCUUGCAGCAGAAUAGUUGCAAGAAAAUGCUCCAAUGGACUACUCAUGAUCGAUUACUUUGCCAAAGCCUUUGGUUUAGCCCCCAUUAAUGCUUAUGAAGAUUAUCGGAUGUCUUUUGAUCAGGGAGUCAACUCUGCUGUCGCCGGAGCUACUGCUUUGCCUGUUGAGACCUUGCGAGCUAAAGGUCUUCCAUCUCAUGCUGGCAACGCUGAUGUGGUUCAAAGCAUCGUGGGAGGUGUUAGAACUGUCAUCGGAUUUGGAGCGACUAAAGUUGUUGUUCCUGGGCGUUUCCCUGUUGGUUGUCUUCCCAUGUCUCCGUACCACGACAGCCUUCUUUUCAAAGGUAGUCCAACUGUUUUCGAUUCUAAUCUUUGUUUGAAGGAAUACAAUCGUUUGGCUGCCCGUCACAAUGACAUUCUAAAAGUAGCCAUUGAGAAACUGAGAAAGGAACAUCCAGAUGUUGCCAUUGUAUAUGCCGAUUACUACAAUGCCUACUUGUCAAUUCAAACCAAUGCCGAAGAACUUGGAUUUGCGAGCAAGUUUUCAACUUGUUGUGUAAGCGGAGAUAAGUUCAACUUUUCCUUUGACAAACCCUGUGGGAAAGUUGAUUCUUGCCCGAAUCGGAGGAAUAUAUUAGUUGGGAUGGAGUCAGUACCACUCAACAAGCAAACAGACUCAUGGUUGACUAUCUCCUCAAUUCCAUCGUUCCCCAAUUGA